UUUUUUUCUUGUUUUGAAAAUGAAAACUUUUACUGCUACAGUUUUUGAAAGUCUCAUUGCUCACUGAAUUAAAAGUUUUUCCUUUUAAUUCGACUGUAAAAUUUCUUUCAUUUUGACGUUCUCGUGUAACCGUGUACGCCUAAGUCGCAAAUGUAAACAAACACUUUGGUGGGUCGGUCCGGUGGUGCUGGUGAGUCUAGGACGCAAAGUAAAGCCGACCGCGGCAGCAGCCAGGACUCGGACGCGGAAACCUUCGUAAGCCAAACAGCAGCAGCGGAACGCCUUCGAAGGAGGGUGGUGCAGGAGCGGGACGAUGUUGAGUGCUCGAAAAGGACAAGGCCAGCUUCCUGCAGGAACUGCAGCUGUUCUACGGCCGGAAUGCGAUGAGAGGUAGGAAUGUGGAUUCGCACCGGUUGUAUUCGGUGGUGGUGGCCCGGGAUUGGUAAUUGAAGGUCAAUUCCCGCGAGGACUGUGGCGAGAUCAUCGAGGAGAUGGCGCUGCCGAAGCGUUGCGUGAACAACGAGAUUGCGUUGAAGAAGAUUAACUUCCGGUUUUUGGACAAGUACGAGAAAGUUUAUUUUCACGGUGAGGAGAAGGAUCCGACGAAGAGGACAACGACGAAAAGCUACAUAAUCGGAGGUGGUCAGCGCAGAUGUGUCAUUGCCGAAGUAGGAUUACGUGCUCAAAAUCGAUCUCCGUUCCGAGGGCCUCAUCAACUCCAUGUUCCGGAUGCGCUUCCAGGAUCGGGAACUCCCCGUUCAGGCACUUUUCUUUCCAGCCGGAAAACGUCGACCACCCUUCCCGAAUCAACGGCCAACUCCUCCAAGACUAUCCUGAUUGAGGCCGGAAACAUGACCAUCGUGUUACACUGCUGUCGCGAGUCGAAACCUCCAUCCGGAACCGUCCUGGGGUAUUCGGAAGUGACCGGUGGCGUACCGUAUGAAUCGGUACAGCUUGGACUCGAAUAUUGGCCUACCUUGAGCUGAAGCUAGUGGAGAAGCGUUAAAUACAAUAAAAAAUGUUUUUUUAAACAUACAGUUUAAUUUUUUUUAAAUAAAUGUAAAAAAACCAAGCACAUUUUUCUGAAAUUAUCCCUGUAGUGCUAAAUGUUGUGUAUUCUUGCCAUAAAAGGUUUCUUUUCCAAUUAAAAGUAAAAUACUUUUACCAAUACAACGAUUUUGUUCCAUAAAUGCAUAGUAGUAUCAAAAACUUUCCAACUUUUAAAUUGAAAAGUUUGAACUUUCUACGAAUAUUCACCAACGCGAACUUUUAAUCCAACGAACGAUCUUUUU